CUUACAUAAGAUACGUGAUGUGGUAUUUGAUAUAACAUGGACAUAAAGUUGAUUCAGUGUGUUUCAUCUGCACACCAAACAAGGAAAAAGAACAAUAACAAUAAAAACUCAUCAAAGAAUUUGGGUAAAAAAGUUGAUCUAACCCGUGGAUUCUAGAAGAACAAUAAAAGGAAGGUUUGAAAGACUUGUUUUUAAGAAGAUCGAUAUGGGGAAUUUGCAUACCCAACGGCUUUUUUUGGGUAAAUUUUAGCGAUUCAGUUGGGUUGGAAUGUUUAUAUGAAAGACCUCCAACAAAUUUGUCUUUCCAAACAAAAAUGGCUUUAAACUGAGGGAGACGACGACGCUCGGAAUCUCCAUAUCUACUCCCAGAAGAAGCGGCGCCGUUUAACUCAGUCGUCGGAAAUGGCAAUGGAAUUGGAGGGGGUUGAUGAUCUUUCGCUUCAUCUGGUUUUUGCGAAAUUAGGCCCUAAAGAUUCUGCCAUAGCUGCUUGUGUUAGCCGCCAAUUCCGGUCUUCAGCGUCCGAAGAUUCUCUGUGGAAGAAAUUCUGCAACCAGGACCUCAACCUCACCGACCCAGUUGAUCAUUUGGGAAACCCAAUUCCUUCAUUCAAGGAGACAUAUCAAGUAUGGCGCAGAGCUUUUGGGAUGUAUCCUUGGCCUCUACUCAAGCGAGUUAAGAGAUGUUGGGAUAGACUCAAAAACUGGUUGAGUACUAACUUUCCUGAGGCUUUGGAGACACUUCGGAAUGGUGCAUCAGAAGCUGACAUUGAAGAAUUCGAAAAUGUUUUGAAAGUGAAGCUACCUCUUCCAACGAGGAUCCUUUAUCGUUUUCACGAUGGUCAAGAGUUAAAAGGUGGAUAUGUUGAUAGUAUUCGAGGCUUUCCAUUGGGUUUAAUCGGGGGAUACACUUUCUAUGGCCAGACUGUAAAUGUCUAUUUGUUGCCUUUAAGACAGGUGGUCUCUGAAACAAAAUCAAUCAUUCAAGAUGUUGAUUUUUCAAGGAAAUCCAAGUUUAUUGUUGUAGCUUCCUCUUCUACAUUCACUGAGAAGGUCUUCUUCCUUAAUUGCGCUUCUGGACAACUCUUUGUGGGUACUGCAAAACUUCGUGAUGAUGGAGAAAUGAUCCCAUGUGUACCUGGUGCAUUGAUAAAGUCAGUACAUGAGUGUAACACAGAACACCAACAAGAUGCUAUGUUAUUAUGGCUAGAAGAGCAUGUUCGGCGCUUAGAAAAUGGUAUUAUCAAGCUUCGUGAAAUUAAGAACAUUAGAAGCAUCUCUCUUUUUCCGGAGGAACCUCCAUUAUGCUCUACUGCAAUAACCGAUGGUGUCUGUGUUCGUGCUUCUGCUGUCUUUCUCCCGGAAUUGACUGAUAUCCUAGAUAGCAGUGGCAACCACCAAUUUGCAUAUUCAAUCCGCAUGUCAUUACAGGAUGAAGGCUGCAUCAUAAAUGGGAUGACAUUCAACUCUUGUCAGUUGCAUCUUAGACAUUGGAAAGUCCGAGCUAAUGAUCAUGUGGUUUCUGUAGUUAACGGCGAGGCUGUUAUUGGAAAGUUUCCCCUCUUGAAGCCGGGAGAAGAAUUUGUCUACGAGAGUUGCUCAUCUCUUUAUUCCUCAGUGGGCUCACUUGAAGGGUCUUUUACAUUUGUCCCCGGCAGCUUGGCAUAUCCAGAAGGCAGCCCCUUUGAAGUUCAAGUGGCAAGGUUUCCUCUCCAGGUUCCAACCUACAUCUUCUGAACUGAUUGCUAAAUUCUAAUGUACAAAGAUCUGAAUUGUGUGCAUAUCACACCCCUCACCUCCCUCACCUCCCUGACCUUUCCCCUAUAUGUGAGUUUGAAUUGUGUGAGAGUGUGGUUUUUUUAUAAUAUAUUUUGUGAUCUUAAUUGCUUUUA